AUGACUGAGGAACCGGAAUCGGCGGCGGAAAAGGAGGCCAGGAAAGCUUUGAUUGGGGACAAGUACAAGACAUGGUGCAAGACGUUGCCCAGGCCCCACUGGCGGUGGCUCUACGACCCCAUUGCACUCAUUGCUUAUGCACUCACAUUCAACGCUAUUGCAACUGCGCUCUACGCGGUGUUCACCAGACCCAUCUACUAUCUCAAUUUUAUCCCCGUGGUGUGCAUCUUGAUGAACAUCAUCAUCUUGGUGCUCGUGCUCAGCGAGCGAUAUUGCUUCAAGAUCAAAUUGAGCUCGCCUUGGGCGCGACUGGCCAAGUGGCUCAUCUACAACCUUGUGCAAAAGGGGCUGUGGUUGUGCUUGUUUGUCAUGUGCAUCUUCACCGUGGUCCAGUUGUCCCUGGGCAAAGCUAGCAACCCCUUAGAUUUGAGCCGCGAGGACAUGUACUCGAUACAUGUGGGCCACGGCGACAAGAUUUGCUAUUUGGUGAUUUCGCUUCUCAGCUUGCUCUGCAACUGUGCCGUGUUGAGCAUCUGGUGGAGCACCAGCAUGUCUUCGGUCUACUUGCUCUUUGCCGUGCUCAAUGUCAUUCAGAUUUUAAUCAGCAUUAGCAUUAUCCAGAUCAAUUUGGACGUUAUCAAUAUCUCGGCUGAUUCACCAGCGAAAAAGAUGCACAACUUGUUUGUUCUUAGCGGCGCGUUCAUGAUUGGCCAGAGCAUCAUGGGGAUCACUAUCACCAUCUUGGUUGACCAAAAGAAUCGGUUGAAUGAGAUUAUUGGCAGGUUGAUCUUUUCCUACGAUUUGUUGUUGUUUUUCCUUGGCUUGUUGUACAUUGCAUGCACGGCUGUUGCCAGUGUCAAGUUUGAUUACAAGCCCACUGGCAACUUGAAUGAAAUUCCCAUCAGCUUGCCCAUUUUGUUCGGGGUAAGUGUGGGGAUCUUGCUCAUUGAAUUUUGCUGCACCAGGUAUUUUAGAAUUCGAACUUUACAACACGUUUACGAAGUUGAAGAAUACGACCUUGAAGAGUUGAGUGAUCACCAAAAGCGAGGCUGGAGCAAAUUGAUUGAUUUCAACAAGAAAUAUAACGGAGGUGUCACGGGAGCCUACGCCAUCAGCUUGAUGGAGAAUUAUGUCCACGCGGAACUUCCGGGCAUGAAGUGCAAAGUGUUGCGUAUUUUUGAUAAGGAAAAACAAACCGAGCACCCCAGGAAGAAAGGAGAAGGAGAAGACGCAAACGAGGGAAAUGGCGGCGAUUUGGAAAAACAAUUUGCUUCGCUGAAAAAUCACCACCAUAAUCAAAAUAAUUUUAACAAUUCACAUCAUAGCAAUAAUAGUAGUAGUAGUCACCACCACCACAACUAUCUUAACAAGAUGAACACCCCUUACGACGAGUUGGACCAGGAAACUUUGCUUUUCCAGAAUGCACCAACCUUGGCUGGCAGCGAUAUGUCAAUUAGAUCGCUCGAGGAAGAAUAUAAACCAUUGAGUAAAAACCAGUUGAAAAAAUUGGCGAAAAAGACUAAGCAAGCCAAGCAGCAACAGGAAAUGCAGUCUUUGGAAAACAACACGGAAAAGUUUUAUCAAGAAUUGAUGAACACGCAGGCAUUGGUGUUGUUGACCAUUGUUGAAGAAUUUGACUUGAGUGAAAGAAUUCCCGGGUGGAUCGGCAAAAAAUUGAACAAGCUUUUCGGUAAAGACUCCAAAUGCCCCAUCUUGUGCAUCAAGUUUGGCUUGCUUGGUUUCCAUUGGCCGUUCAAGAGAAGCACUUUUUACACUUCGUUCACCAAGAAACCAGUUGCGAGAAGUGCUAGCGUGUUGUAUGCCAUUUCGCAUUGGAACCAAACUCAUGAGAAAUGCACGGUGUUGUUGGACCCUGGAUACAAGGAUGCAAGCUUUGAAGCAGGUGUCGAUUACUCCGGGUGGAUCAAGAUCAAACUUCCCAGUAGCCACAUUAUCGAUUUGCGGCCGUUUGUCAAUCAGAGCAGCACCGAGUUCUUCAAAGCCAUCAAGUACAGGAACCAGGAAAAUGCCUUUAAGCAAGCUAAAGGUGUGGUUGACCAGACUUUUAGCUUUAAUUACGAAAACUGCCAGGAGAUUAUCGUGAUGAAUGACAAGAUUGCCGAGUCUAGACUGCUGAGCGGCCAAAGUUCACAAUUGUUGCACCCAAACUGGGAAUUCAUCUACAAUUUGGGCAACUUUAGCAACGACAAAAAGGAAAGAUCACUACUUUUCCUCAAGGUUGGUGAUCAAAUUAUUGCAUCCUGUGUCAUUUUCAGAUUAGGUGAAACCAUGACCUCAGACAUACAAGGACUCGACCAUGAAAUCAGCAAGAAGUAUAAAGCGUACUUUGUUAUGAUGCAAGAAGUUGUUAAGAUUGGAUUAAGUGAGCACGUUAGCUUUAUAGAUUUUGGUCCAACUACCGAGGAUGCCAAAGUUGCCAUUGGAUGUAGCGUUGUGCCCUUAAUGGGUUCAAUCUAUCCCAGGUAUAAAUUUAUGGGUCCAAUAAUCCUGUUUGCCGCUAGUAAAGUUGAUGUGUAA